UCCCUCCCCUUCCCGUAGCCGCGAUGUCGCUGCUCCGCGGGCCGCGGCCCCGCACCGCCGGCAAGAAGGGCCCCAGAAAGCCGGCGGCGGCCAGGCGGGACUGGGAUAGUACCGUCCAUGAUUUGACAGUGCACCGUGCAACUCCUGAGGAUAUUCUCCGUCGCCGUGAAAUACACAAAUCAAAAAACAAAGCACUGGCACAUCUGGAACUCCAGGAGAAAGCGCUGAACAGAAAAUGGAAGAAGCAAAAGCAGCUGGAUGCGGAUUCAUUGGAGAAAAGGAAAUUGGCUCUGAUGCGUGAGAUUCUGUCUGAUCGGUACCAUUUGCAAGAUGUAUUGGAACGAUCUGGUCAGGUUAUGGCUGUGGCAAAAGACUUGCUUGGGGAUGCUCCUCGCACACGAACAGGUAUUCCUAAUGUAACAAUGGCUCCUAACUGUCACCUAGAAUCAUCUCAAGGACCCAUUGUACAAAAAAGUCAUCCUUCCAGUCAGCUUUCUACCCUUAGUGAAUCUGUCAUGGAUUUCCAGGCUCUUAGUGAAGAGGAGGAGGAAGCAUUAUCAGAAGAUGGACACCAUGACGUUUUGGGUUUCAAAUCCAGCAUCAAUUCUGACAGGCUGCUUCGGUUGUUGAGAGAAGAAAAUUCCUUGGUGAAUUCUCAGUUGUGGGUUGAAAAGGAUAUGAGAAAAACCACCUUACCACAGAAGUCAAAUGUGCCUUGCACUCCCACAGCUGUUUCUCCUUCAUUGGAUCAGUCAGCCCUCAAUGCUACCAGUGUAAUCAAGAGAACCCAUUCAAGACUUCGGAAUGAAGAUGAAGAAGAGUCUGUAGACUCUGGUGACAGUGUGAGACAAGUGCUGAACCCAAACUCAAGGAAACAAAAACAAAUUGCAGCAAAGAUGAAAAGAAAGCAAGCUGCACAGAACUCUGCAAGACAGAAGAGAGAUGAUUCUCCAACUAAUUUAAUCCAGACUAACCUUCAAAGGGACAACAAAUCCGGUCUAGAUGUUCUCAACCACAUGAUCCAGGAAGUAGAGCAUGAACUGGAGGAAUAUGAGCGAUGUACAGGACGUGAGGUCCAAAAAAAAGAGAGAAGUGAAGGCCUGUCUGGGUUUACUCUGUCACUGGUGAACGCCCUCUGUCGUUUGAUGCGCUACCUCAAAGAGACUGAAAUGCAGCUACAUGAGAAAGAUAUGAUGAGGCAGCAGCAGGAGAAGAUGUUGAAUGAACACAGAGAACUGAUUGAUGCUCUGACUGCUGAAGUUCUUCAAGUAAGGGAAGAAAACGUUACUAUGCAGAAGAAGCUUCAGCAGUACAUGACAGUAACAGAUCAAAAGCUGAUGUGUCUCAUACAAGCAUUUAAAGGCCUCCCUUUGGUAGAACCUGAAAGAGAACAAAGUCCAAAACAUUUUGGAACUGAAAGCAGAGGCCCAGCAAACAGCCAAGAAAAACCUGAUUUGACCUACUCUGAGCCCAGGAUUGAUGUGGGCAAUAGGGAAAAUAUGCUAAAAUUUCCACAGGAAGAACUUCAUUUCACGCUUUGCCCAGGGCCAGGUGUCUCAGGUGAUAUGAGACCAGGUAGAAGCUGUCCAGCUCACAUCUUCCAGCCAGCUGUGCUGUUGUCCCCACCACAGCAGAAGAGCAGUAAGGAAUUGUCUUCCCUCCAGAACGUUUUUGCAGCCAUUUCACAGUCUACUGAAAGAGAGCCAUGCAAAGAAAGGAGCAUACCUUCCUCCCUGAGGACACAGAGCACAACUGAGGAAAACUGCCCCAUCUCUCGGAGGCAACCAAUUCCUCCUGCAGACAAAGACUUGGAGGGUUCCCACAAGAAAAUCAAUCUCUCCUGCCCAGGUGAUGCUGGGAAAAACAGUGCAGCUGAAGAGUUCCUUCAAAAUGGUGAUCUGCUGGGACAGAUAGCUGAGCUCACACGGCAGAAUGCUCUAAUUAAAGCUCAACUGAGCAAAUUCAGAGGUGUCCCUGGAGACAAAAGUGAUUGUCUACAUCAGCCAGACCUGACACAAAAUCCUAGUUCAGACUCUUCACAAGGACAGAGUCAUCUCACGGUAUCACGAUGCUUGGAGGAAAGAAUAGCAGAGCUGAAUCGUCAGAGUACAGAAGCACGGGAUAAACUAUUGCAGUUGAUAGACCAGCAGAAAUCAGCUGUUGCUGACAUGGUCCCUCCAGUGCUGUCUCCGGUUCCAACCCCAUCCCUGAAUUGCACUGAAAAUUCAAGGACAGUUGAAGUGUCUGUUCCCGUAGCAGUGGCUGUGGACAGCUCCAAGGAUGACAGUAUUCCCCAUGCCAGUAUGACCAGUAUAAGAAGGUCUGUAGGAGACUCCAGCAAACCUUUUUCAGCUUUAAGUGCCAUGUCAGACAGUGCCAAAUUAACUUCUGUCAGCCAAAGACCAAAGGUAGAAAAGCAGAAAGAAGAAGGAUGGUUUGCAUUGUCAAUGCACGUUAUGUAAAGGAAGCUGAGCUCAAGUCCUGUAUUUUUAAAAUGUUUUUUAAUGAACUACAAAUAAAUCGCAAUCUCUCCCUACAGAUGUACAGUUUAACUGUGAAGUGUUUUCAUGUCAGUGCCAUUAAUAUGUAAAGGUCCACGUGCUUAUUGUAUUUGUGCCCUACAGAGCACUCUAGGAAGCCCUGGGAAUGAGUUUCUGAGCUGGACACACUGCUGUGAUCUUACACCUUUUCACCGAAAAAUAUCCUUCAUCAGGUGGGAAACUCAGGCUGCUGCAGCUUUACAAGUGAGCACCUUGAUACCUCUGUUAGGUAUGCUGAAGGCAGGAUGUUUUAGAAAUUGCCUGUGAAACUUUCUGGAGCAUUGAUAUGGGAGUAAAAUAUCAGGAAGAACUGAGUUGAGGGAAGAUACCUGUGUUGAAAAGGAGCUUGGAGAUUAGGAAGCCAGUCUGUUUCUGGUCGAUAAAGAUUUGCAUCAGAAAGAAUUCGUUCCUUCUGUGGUUUACAGUUGCUCCCAAAAGUUGUGUUUUCUGUGCAGUUAACAUGUUAGAGACUGCAUCUGGAGGAUCGCUUUUCAAAAAUCUCAUUUAA